UCGUAUCCCAGAAUCCUUGGAGUAGGUGAAUCUAGUAUCUGCUUUCUGCCCGCUGCUGGAAUUGGAACGUAGAGGCUGGGUGGUCUGAUUCUUUGCGGGAAGUGUGUUCCCUUCACCGCUAUCUUCCGAAACCUUAGUGGCCCUUUUGUGGGUGCAGCAGUGCAUUUUGUGUAGUGGUGUAGGAGUUCGUGGCGGGCCGCGCGGCGCCCGACCCGGCCUCACCAUGUUGGUGCUUUUUGAGACGUCCGUUGGCUACGCCAUCUUUAAGGUCCUAAAUGAGAAGAAACUUCAAGAGGUUGAUAGUUUGUGGAAAGAAUUUGAAACUCCAGAGAAAGCAAAUAAAAUAGUAAAGCUAAAACAUUUCGAGAAAUUUCAGGACACAGCAGAAGCAUUAGCAGCAUUUACAGCUCUAAUGGAGGGCAAAAUUAAUAAGCAGCUGAAGAAAGUGUUGAAGAAAAUAGUAAAAGAAGCUCAUGAACCUCUUGCUGUAGCUGAUGCUAAACUAGGGGGAGUUAUAAAGGAAAAGUUGAAUCUCAGUUGUAUCCACAGUCCUGUGGUUAAUGAGCUGAUGAGGGGAAUCAGGUCACAGAUGGAUGGAUUAAUCCCCGGAGUCGAACCACGGGAAAUGGCAGCCAUGUGUCUGGGAUUGGCCCACAGCCUGUCUAGAUACAGAUUGAAAUUUAGCGCUGAUAAAGUGGAUACAAUGAUUGUUCAGGCAAUUUCCUUGUUAGAUGACUUGGAUAAAGAACUGAACAACUACAUUAUGCGUUGUAGAGAGUGGUACGGCUGGCAUUUCCCAGAAUUAGGAAAAAUUAUUUCAGAUAACUUGACAUACUGCAAGUGUUUACAGAAAGUUGGUGAUAGGAAGAACUACGCCUCUGCCACGCUUUCUGAGUUGUUGCCAGAGGAUGUUGAAGCUGAGGUGAAAGCAGCUGCGGAGAUAUCAAUGGGAACAGAGGUUUCCGAGGAAGAUAUUUGCAAUAUUCUGCAUCUGUGCACUCAGGUGAUUGAAAUCUCCGAAUACAGGACCCAGCUGUAUGAGUAUCUCCAAAACCGAAUGAUGGCCAUUGCACCCAAUGUGACAGUUAUGGUUGGCGAGUUGGUUGGAGCGCGGCUGAUUGCUCAUGCAGGCUCUCUCUUGAAUUUGGCCAAGCAUGCAGCAUCUACAGUUCAGAUUCUUGGUGCAGAAAAGGCACUUUUCAGAGCCCUCAAGUCGCGGCGGGACACCCCAAAAUAUGGCCUCAUUUAUCAUGCCUCCCUCGUGGGUCAGACGAGUCCCAAACACAAAGGAAAGAUUUCUCGAAUGCUGGCAGCCAAAACUGUUCUGGCUAUUCGUUAUGAUGCCUUUGGGGAAGAUUCCAGUUCUGCAAUGGGAGUUGAGAACAGAGCCAAAUUAGAAGCCAGGUUGAGAAGCUUGGAAGACAGAGGGAUAAGAAAAAUAAGUGGAACGGGAAAGGCAUUGGCAAAAGCAGAAAAAUAUGAGCACAAAAGUGAAGUGAAGAUUUAUGAUCCCUCUGGUGACUCAACACUUCCAACCUGUUCUAAAAAACGCAAGAUAGAACAAGUGGAUAAAGAAGAUGAAGUGAUUGAAAAGAAAGCCAAAAAAGCCAAGAUUAAAAUUAAAGUUGAGGAAGAAGAGGAGGAGGUAGAAGGAGAGGAGAAAGUACUAGUGGUAGAAGAGGAGACGUCCGUGAAGAAGAAGAAGAAGAAGGAGAAGAAGAAGCACAUUAAGGAAGAGCAGAUGUCAGAGGAGGAGCCCAGCAGCAGCACAGCACUUGCUAACCUAGAGAAAAAGAAGAAAAAGAAAAAGAAGAAGGAUGCGGAGGACUGAUUGGUGGGGCCGGGUCCUGUGUGCUGAUCCCGUGCCUGGCAGGCCAGGGAAGGGUCCCCUCAGCUUUCCUCAGUUGGCGCUGUUGGCCUGGUGAUGUCUUCGUGUCUUACUUAGUCUUUGAUAUGCAAAUAAAAUUAUUUUCUUUUUAUUAAA